UGGACGACAUAUUGUACUCUCCGGGGGAUCUUACUGGUGUCAUUAUCGCUGCCACUAAACGACAAUUGCUUCUCGUGACAGAGACAACCUUCGUCAUAACCUCGACAUUAAACAGGUACUAUUCACCAGGAAAGGUGAAGAUGACUAGAUGAUGUAACCUAUAGUCUUAUAUAUCCAGUGCAGAUUAAUUAAGCCAAUAGAAGCCAGCGACUAUUGUUGAACGAGUGUUGUGGAUACACGAUUUUCUAUUGAUACGUUUCUCAGUUGUAUUGGCGGGGCUUCAAUCGCCUUCAUAUCAUUGACCGACCCCGUCUAACAAGUUUCUUUUGCGCGAUCAAUAGUCGCUCCGUUACAAAAAGAAUGCGGACUAUCCUUCGCGUAGUCAACGACUUUGGUUUACAACACGAGGAACCGGUGUAAGUCGGGAGUGAUAAGAAUAUUGGAAGCGCUGUAAUCUGCUCUAAUUGAUCGAGCAUUCUGAAAACAAGUGUAUUGUCUGGAUGACGUUGUCAAGUCAUUCUGUCCAGUAGCCACACUCCAAGUCUUAUCCAAGACAUUAAUUAUGAAGAUAUGAUGGAACCGGGAACAAAUUGAAAUUCAAUAGUUUCUCUGUUGACAUAGUUUCUUCCUACGACUUCCAGGCAAAGGUUAAUAAUAUCAUAAUGUUUUUCCCUUAGAUCAAUAGCCGUCAUUGUUGCCAUGUGUUUUAAACUUCUUUGGUGAAACCUUUGAUGGAUGAUUUCACGACUCAAUAGGAUUUAUCUGAAAAAAAAGAAAGAAAAACUAGAAUUGAGUUGAUCAUUUGUGUACAGUUAACGGGGUCUAUACUGUGAACAGCGAUUAAACAGUGGUUUUAGCUGACUGAUCAGUUUCAAUACGAAUCAAUUUUUAAUUAUAACAGAAUACACAUUAUCAACGUCCUAUUCAUCGAGAGCUAUUAUUGGUGCAUCACUGCGAUAAAUUACUAGAGAGUUAUCGAGGUGGAAUUCAUCCUCUUAUAAUAAAAUACAGCAUCACUUCGAUAAAUUACUGGUGAGCCAGCGAGGAGGAAUUCAUCUUCUUAUUAAAAAAAAUACAGCAUCACUACUGCCGUGGGUUUUGUUUUGUGGAUUUGUGUAAAGUGUUUUGAUACAGAUAUGUGACCGAUCGAAUUUUUAUUUAUAUUUACAAGGGUGUUUAUUUCAACAAGGUAAUAAAUCAACAUGACGGAAUCUGAAGAUACCUACAUAGGAUUGAUUUUAAACUGGUUAAUUAACAAUAACAGCACCCCCGGUGUCGAUUUCACUCAGCCAUUUGUGAGGCGUUCCCUGCAGUACGUUUAUCCGCUGUUUAUGUUCAUACAUGCUGUAGUGGUGUUAGUCGGAGUGAUCGGUAAUGUCGGAAUGCUUGUUGUCAUCGUUAAAAGACGCUUAUACCACGACCAAACCUACUUCCUUAUGUGCAACAUGGCUUUGUCCGAUCUCAUCAAAUGUAUUUUUGUCCUGCCGAUUACGUUAGCUAAUCUUCUCAUUCAGAACUGGCUGUUCGGCAGUUUUAUGUGUUUCUUCUUACCGAUGAUGCAGUGUUUUCCAUUCCAUGCCUCCAUGUUGACGUACCUCAUGAUCGCCAUUGACAGGUACCGAUUGAUCGUUCACCCAUUUAAGUCACGUCUGCCGGCCGGUUUGUGUGUUAUUGGUGUCUGGGUGGCCGCCGUCUGUGUUGUUCUCCCAUACGCUGUGUACAUUAAAUAUAUCGAUCUGGGAGCCUCUCUUGGUAAAAACUUUGAUGGAGUCGGCAUCUGUUAUGUAAACGUUGAGAAACGUAUUGAGGAGUACAUUCGUGCCAUUUUUGUGACACUAUACGCCAUGCCCUUGGCAAUAAUCGCCUUCCUUUAUGUGAGAAUAUCAGCCGAACUGAAAUCACGCGAGGGAUCCUCGGUAUCCAUUCAUUUUGACGGAAGUGAGGUGAUGCAAAGUAUGACGGGACGACCAUACGACACCAACAUCACGUGGUCGAGUACAAACGGGGCUACGGCAACAACAAGGCUCGAUCCAGACGCUGGUCCCAGUGAGUCAACAAGGGUCAAAUCCUAUAACGAGGCUGCUACCCAGGAUAGUGACGAUGACCUCGACCUUGUGAAAGAAAAACGCACACAAAACUAUCUGAUAGCCAUGACUACGUUAUUCGCUAUGUGCUGGUGCCCGUUACAGAUACUGAUAUUAGUGAAUUAUUUCGUUCAUGAGAAUGAUCAUAACGAAGGACAUUAUGACAUAACGUAUAUAACCUUUUCGUGGUUCGGUUUUCUGUCCACAUGCACCACUUCGAUUUUGUUUGCUUCUUGGCGCAUGUCCAGCGCGACCAAAGACCGUCUUAGGGGCUACUUCCGAUUUAGUAACAGACGGAGAAGUUCGCUACAGGUAAGCCGACGUCACGAGCGUGCCCCUUCUUCACGCACACCUUCCACCGUUACCACCUGUACAAUCCAAGAACACAGUCCUCGCCAAUCUCUUACUCCUCACUUUUAGUGAAAGCUUCCUGCUGCUUCAGUAUCUUCAUCUGCUAUCUGCUUAUCUUUUCCAUCUUUGUGUAGAUUAGAUGAAGCACUACGCACACUCCCCAGAAUACAUAUCUUUAUAUCGACCGCAUUUGCUAAAACGGUAUCCCAUUUUGUUUCAGAGAAGACGAUACCAAACACAUUAUCUUAACGGGGCUACCCGAACGAACUUUGAGGAAAUUGUUGACGCCAAAACUGUUCGAGAAGCUGCUUCGGUUUAAAACCAAAUAUUUAUUAUGUGUUUUCAAUGAUAUAUGAAAUGCCAAUAUAUAAUAUAAUUUUGUAAGAUAAUUUAUCUAUUUAUUUAUUUAUUUAUUUAUUUGACCAUAUAACCAAAGUUUAUGAAUAUAAUACUGUACAAUCUGGAAUUGUUGCAGAUAUUCUUGUAUUUAUUACCCAUGAAAACCUCGUCCCAAAAGAGGUUUUACUGUUUUAGCUAUGAUAGGUGGUGCGUCAAUCGUUCGUGAAGCUUUUUUUUAAAAAACCAACUCGAAUGCGUUACCCAUGAAGACCUCUUCCCAAAGGAGGUUUUGCUGUUUCAGCUAUGCCAUGUGUUUGCACCAAUUCCAUGGAACAAUAAUAAUUAUUAUUAUCUGUUAAAACGAAUCAGACACAGCAAUGCCAAUAUGUAAUAUUAAAACCAAAGUUUAUGAAAUGUAAUACUCUAAAAUCUUGAAUUAUUGCAGAUAUUCUUGCAUUUGUUAUCCAUGAAAACCUCUUCCCAUAAGAGGUCCUACUGUUACAGCUAUGAUUGGUAGUGUGUCAGUUGAAUAGAAAAAUCAUUCGUGGAGCGUUUUUUAAAACUUAAAACAACUGGAAUGUGUUACCCAAUUUGUGCAUCAAUUGCAUAGAAAAAUCUUUCGUGAAGCUUUUUUUUAAAAACAACAGGAAUUUGUUACCCAUGAAAACCUCUUCCCAAAGGAGGUUCUAUUUUUACAGCUAUGAUUGGUGUUGCAUCAAUUGCAUAGCAAAAUCAUUCUUGAAGCUUCUUUAAAACAACUGGAAUGCUGCAGUAGUUUCGCCUUUAACAAUAUUAUAAUGUUCUUGUUGAUGUUACAAUAAUUGCCGUUGGUCUUCA